AUGUCAGGCUCGCCACAAGUGGUUCCGUGCGGCUCGUACGAUAUCGUACUGGGCUCGUCGCUGCUGCAGUCGCGCUUCGUCGCUGAGGAUCUGCUGCAGCGUCUGCCGACCACUUCCACUUUCGUUAUCCUCACGGAUGCCAACGUCGGACCGCUCUACGCCGAGCCCCUGCGCGCGCAAUUGGCCGAGCUGCUUCAGAUCCAGGGAAACGCCGCGCGCCGUGUGUUGUUGCAUGCUGUUCCUGCUGGCGAAGCAUCGAAAUGCCGCGAGAUGAAGGCGAAGAUCGAGGACGAGGUUUUGUUCCCCAAGCGCUGCCACCGUGACACCUGUGUAGUGGCCGUGGGUGGGGGUGUCGUGGGAGAUUUGGCUGGCUACGUGGCCUCCACCUACAUGCGCGGCGUGCCUUUUGUGCAGGUGCCAACGUCGUUACUUGCCUGCGUGGACUCGAGUAUCGGUGGCAAGACAGGCAUCGAUGUAGAGGCCGGCAAGAACCUGCUGGGUGCCUUUCACAUGCCUCAACGCGUCUACAUCGACCUGAACGUGCUGCAUACAUUGCCGAAACGCGAACUCAUCAAUGGCAUGGGUGAAGUUAUCAAGUCUGGCGCCAUAUUCGAUGCCGAACUCUUCGAGCUGCUCGAGAACUCGGCCGAGACCAUCCUCUCGCUCUCGGAUAUGGACAUCGUCCAGCGCGUUGUGGCGCUUACUGUGCAGGUCAAGGCCACAGUCGUGACCCAAGACACAAAGGAGAUGGGUCUGCGCGCUAUCCUCAACUUCGGCCACAGUAUCGGCCACGGCAUCGAGGCGCUGCUACAGCCCGAGUAUCUGCACGGCGAGUGCGUCUCUAUGGGCUGCAUCAAAGAGGCCGAGAUCGCUCGUGGCAUGGGUAUCUGCACCUCGGCCACAGUGGGUCGUCUACGUCGCUGUCUUGCUGCUUAUGGACUCCCCGUGCGCGUGCCGGACCACGUAGCGACACGUGACGUCCUAGUGAAGAUGGAGGUCGACAAAAAGAACAGUCAGGGCGUCAAGAAGAUUGUGUUGCUGGAAGAGAUCGGCAAGGUACUGGCCAACCCGUACGCGCGUGCCGUGAAGGACAAUCAGAUUGAACUUGUACUGGAGAAGCAAGUUCGUAUGUUGCCUGGGGCCAAGGCCAACGGUACUAUCCGCGUGCCUGGAUCCAAGUCCAUCUCGAACCGCGUGCUGCUCAUGGCUGCUCUUGGCGAAGGCUCGUGCCGCAUUACGGGCCUUCUGCACUCGGACGACACUCAGGUCAUGAUGAACGCGCUGCAGAAGGUCGGAGCCAAGUUCUCGUGGGAAGAUAACGGCGCUGUGCUGGUCGUGGAGGGAACCGCUGGAAAGUUUGCCACUGUGGCGGAUGGUGAGGAGAUUUACCUCAGCAACGCUGGGACGGCGGCACGUUUCCUCACGAGUGCGAUGACGCUGGUCCCGAGUGAAAACGACGGCACGGUGGUCGUGACAGGCAACUACCGCAUGAAGGAGCGACCGAUUGCUUCGCUGGUGGAUGCCCUGCGAGGCAAUGGUUGCGACAUUUCGUACUUGGAGAAUGAGGGCUGUCCGCCUCUGGCGAUCCGCGGCUCCGGUCUGCGUGGUGGCGCUGUGCGUCUGGCGGCCAAAGUCAGCAGCCAGUACGUGUCUUCUGUGCUGAUCAGUGCGCCGUACGCCAAGGAGCCGCUCGUGCUGGAGCUAGAAGAGAAGGAACCCACUUCGCUGCCGUACAUUUUGAUGACCACGCAACUCAUGAAGCAGUUUGGCAUCCCGGUGGAAACGCUUGCCCCGAAUCGCUACCGUGUGCCGUGCGGAGUGUACCAAAAUCCGAAGGAAGUGUCUGUAGAAGUGGAUGCGUCGUCAGCCACGUACCCACUGGCAUUCGCUGCUAUCACAGGCGGACAGGUGACGGUGGAGGCUUUGGGAAACACCAGUCUCCAGGGAGAUGCUGCCUUUCACACUUUACUGCGCUCAAUGGGGUGCACCACGACCCAAGACGCCACGUCGACGACGGUCACGGGUCCACAGGAUGGCACACCGCUGAAGGCCGUGGAGAUCGACAUGGAGACGAUGACUGACGCUUUCAUGACUGCUGUCGCUCUCGCCGCAGUGGCCGAUGGCACGACCAAGAUCACUGGCAUUGCGAACCAGCGUGUGAAGGAGUGCAACCGCAUUGAGGUCAUGGUGACGGAGCUGAGUAAGAUUGGCGUGGAGUGUGGUGAGCUACCUGAUGGCAUCUGGAUCAAGGGUACUGCAGGCAAGACUGAGCACCUGAAGAAGGUCUCGAUUGCGUGCCACAACGACCACCGUAUCGCCAUGAGCUUUGCCGUUCUCGGCUCCGUGGUGGACAACAUUAUCAUCACGGACAAGGAAUGCACAGACAAGACGUACCCGGAGUUCUGGGACCACGUGCAGAUGCAUCUUGGCCUUCAAGUGGCUCCUGUUGUCGAGGAGAAGAUCAACAACACUGACGCUGCAACCUCGAUCCCUGGUGUGUUUGUGAUUGGUAUGCGUGGGGCUGGCAAGAGCUCAUUGGCGAAGGCUGCGUCUGCUGCACUGAAGCUGGACCUGCUGGACACGGACAAGGUGCUGGAGAAGGAGUUCGGUGAGUCCAUUGCAGACUUUGUCGCUCGCCACAAUCACACGUGGGAAGCUUUCCGCGAGAAACAGAAGGAACUUUUGCUACGUUUGAUUGCGAACCCUCCGCCUGCUUCCAUUAUUUCUUGCGGUGGCGGCGUUGUGGAGACUCCAGAGAUCGUGGACGCGCUUGAAAAGUACCCGUACGUGGUCCACGUGCAGCGCGCCAUGAAGGAUGUUCUGGCUUACUUGGACUCAGUGGAGGAAUCACACCGCCCUUCACUCGGAGACAGCCACGCAAACGUUUGGGCACGACGGGAGCCUCUCUACCAACGCAGCUCAACAUUUGAGUUCGUUGUGAACGCUGGAGACGUGGACUACCCGCGCAUCGACCGCGACUUUGUGCGUUUCCUUUCGGUCGUUAUUCCGGGUCUGCCUACGAGCUUCGAUUACCGCUCGUCGUGCCGUUCGGACACGUUCUUCUUGUCGCUGACGUUCCCCGAUUUGAACGAUGCUCACUCGCUCAUCGACGACAUCUCCAAGGGUGCAGAUGCGUUGGAGCUACGUGUGGAUCUACUGAAAUACGCGGAGGACACGAAGUUCGUGGCUGCUCAAGUGGCGCUUCUUCGUUCGCUUUCUACUCUUCCUAUCAUCUUCACGGUGCGGUCGAAGGUCCAGGGUGGCGCUUUCCCCGAUGGCGAGGAACAUGAGAAGAAGAUGUUCGAGCUGCUUCAACUGGGGGUUCGUUUGGGUUGCGAGUUCGUUGACAUGGAGACGUGCUGGUCUCGUAAGGCACGCGAGCAGUUGCUGGCUCACCGUCACCGCUCUGCCAUUAUUUCGUCCUUUCACGCCGUCCAGAAGCCGACGUCCGAAGCGGAAGCUAAGGCGAUUUUCCGUGAGUGCUACUCGCAGGGCAGAGUCCAGAUCGUCAAGGUGGUGGUCAAGGCUUAUUCUCCUGUCGAUGCACUCAUGGUCGAUCGUGUGGCGAAGGACUUUGCGAGUGCGUGGCAGCAGCACAUGCCGAUCAUUUCGUUGUGCACGACUGAGGCUGGCAAGUUGACUCGUGUUCUGAACCGGACGCUGACGCCUGUGACGCAUCCACUACUGCCUGCUGCUGCAGCGCCAGGCCAACUCUCUAUCGAGGAGAUCAUGACUCUGCGCAAACAGCUUGGACUUCUCCCAGCGCGCGAGUUCUUCUUGUUUGGGUCCCCGAUCCAGAAAUCGCCGUCGCCUGCGAUGCACAAUGCUGGAUUCGAGUCCACCUCGCUGGCCUCGCUCUUCACUUACGGUCUGCACGACACCACGGACGUGGUGGAGAUUGUGAAGCGCAUGCAAGUGCCGAACACGAACUUCGGCGGGGGCUCCGUCACGAUUCCUUUCAAGGUGGACAUCAUGGAGCACCUGGACGAGUUGUCACCAGCUGCACGAGCCAUUGGCGCAGUGAACACGGUCAUGCGUCAAGACCGCAAUGGAUCGCCGUACUGGAAGGGCGACAACACGGACUGGCUGGGUAUUCUACGCCCCAUCACCAAGCGGCUGGCCACGCUCAGUGUCAAGAAACCUGCUCAUGAAUUGACGGCACUUGUGGUUGGCGCUGGUGGCACGUCCAUGGCGGCGUCGUACGCGAUGCGUCAGUUGGGUGUAGGCAAGUUGUUCGUCUUCAACCGUACAUUGAACAAGGCUCAGGCUGUGGCUGCCCGCUUCGAGGCCGAGGCAUUGUCAGAGCUAACGCCCGAGACACUUGCUCGGGUCGAUGUGGUUGUUGGCACGAUCCCGGCACAGGCAGGUUUCCAGCUACCUGACCACCUCGUGGCUGCACGCGCAGACGGCAGCAAGGUAGUGGUGCUGGACGCGGCCUACAUGCCUCCUGUCACGCCCAUGCUAGCACACGCCCAUGCAGCGGGAGGUGUGUUGUGCAUCCAGGGCUAUGAAAUGUUAUACGAGCAGGGCAUCGAGCAGUUCUAUCGCUGGCACAAGGCGACGCAGGUGUGGACUGUGAACGAGGAGGCGAUCAAGGAAGCUUGCCGUCAGCACGUGCCCGUGGAUCAGCGACUCUCCGAAGCCUGA